AUGUGGGAUCCAAAUAAGCAAAACGAUCAAGCUAAGCUUUUAAACUGCGAUAACCUGAUAAGUAUGUAUGAAAAGCAACUUAAUCAAAGUCAACUUUUUGCUCGUAAAUUAAACCAUAAGUUUUAUAAAUACAUCAACGUCUCUGAAAUUUACGACUCAAUACGGCACAGUUGCAUACCUGUUCACAACAUAUUUUCCUAUAAAACUCCAAAAUACAGUUAUAAAUCUUAUCCAAUUGCAUAUACUAUAACACUCGACCGAACUGUUGAACAAUCAUUGCGUUUUUUGUCAAGCAUUUAUCAUCAUGAUAAUUUAUACUGUAUUCACCCUAACUCAAUAUUUGGCUCAACGUACUUAAAUGUUUUUAAAAAAAUUUCCGACUGCGUUCCAAAUAUUAUUUUACCCGAUCGAAUAUACGAAAUAAAAGUUAAGACAUACAAUCGCCUAUUAGCACAAAUUGCUUGUUUCAAAAAACUUCUUAACACCACUGUUCCGUGGAGAUAUGGAUUUAAUUUACCCAGUUCUGCUUUUCCAUUAAGAAAUAAUACUUAUUUUGUGCAAUAUUUAAAACAAAAACCGUAUGAAAACGUUGUCCCGUGGGAUAUACCUGCUGAACGUUUUCAAAAACGCUUUAUGUAUUCGUUUGCUUUGAAAGAAAUCGAAGGAGAAACAUUACUUGUACGAACAAAUAUUAAAAAAAAGAAUCCUCCUGGAAACAUUAAAAUAUUUCGAAAAGGGGAGCACUUUAUAUCAACCCGCGAAUUUUUGGAAUUUCUAACCGAAUCUGAUAUAGCUAAGUCAUUCUUAGAAUGGGCCCACGACACUAAAAACCCGGAAGACUUUUUUUAUGCUAGUAUGAAUCGGUAUAAAGGUGCUCCUGGCGGGAUACCAUAUAACGAAGAGGAUCUUCAACAAGAAAGAGCAUCACAGACAGUAGAGUACGAAAAUGUAAUUGAUUUGCCAGAUAGCGAUUUUGUUGUUAACCUGUGGAAAUCUGAUCACAGUAUAAAAUGUCACGGUGUGUAUAGAGGUAAUAUGUGUAUUUUUGGAUCAGCCGAUUUAAGAUGGUUAAUUCAACAAGAUAGUUUGUUUGCAUUUUCUUUUGAUUUUCGAGUUGAUCGUGUAGCAAUAGAUUGUCUUGCAAAACAUAUACAGACUCCAUUGCUGAUGGAAUAUAGCGAACAAACAAAUAGUUUGUUCUCAUAA